AUGAAAAGGGUUGCUGCCGAGUUUGUUCCUCGAGCUCUGACUGACAAUCAAAAAGAACACCGAGUUGAAACAUGUCAUGCUUUGAGACAACAGCUUGAAUUUGAUCCAAAUUUUCUGUCAAAGAUCAUCACUGGUGAUGAGACUUGGUGCUACGGUAAUGACCCAACAUCGAAGCAACAGUCAAGUGAAUGGAAGACGCCGUCGGUAUCCCGUCCAGAAAAAUGUCGUCAAAUCAAAUCAAACAUCAGAACAAUGCUGAUUUGUUUCUUUGAUGUCAAAGACGUAGUCUAUUCCCAGUUUGUUCCCCCAGGUCACACUGUCAAUCAGACCUUUUAUUUGGAGGUUUUAAGAUGA